AUGUCCAGUGAUUUGGAGGCGUCAGUCCUAAUAUCAUUUGUUAUUGGAGCGCUGGGGGUAUCACCAGAACCCGGAAUAUUUAGACAUCCUCACAAGAGUGAUGAUUUACACACUAACGGUGCCGAAAACACUAACUUUUCCAACCCAGUCUCUGAAGAGGAGCGUUGUCGAUACCUGGACGAGCUUCAAAGGGAGACAACAAAGACGAUGGUGGCGGCGCUGGUGUAUUUAAUCAUCUUAGCCGUGUUUGGUUUAAUAGGAAACUCUGUGGUGAUUUUAGUGUAUUUCCGCAAGUUUCACUGGUCGGCAACUGGAAUCCUCAUCAUCAAUAUUGCCUGGCUUGAUCUGUUUGCAAACCUCUUCGCCAUUCCUGGGGACAUAUACAACAUGCUUCAUAAAUGGGACUUCAAAAAUCCUGCUUUAUGCAAGGCUCGAACGUACUGCGCAGCUUUUACUACUAUCUCUGCAGCCAUGAUUUUGGUUGCACUGGCAGUGGUAAGGUAUCGAAAAGUGUGUCACCCACACAAGUGGCAGGUCACGUCACGUAACGCUAAAGCUAUCGGCGCCGUUAUCACUUCUCUAGGAGCAUUAUUCGCUACUCCCCAUGCCUUCCUAAACGGAACCGAAACAAGAGAAACACCACACAGCGUUAUCGUCGGCUAUUCAUGCAGCACGGAUGAUAAAUACAAAAAAACAAAAUGGCCUAUGGCCAACUAUGCAUUUCUGCUACUGUUAUAUUUUGGAUGCUCUCUAACUAUCAUAACGCUGUAUAUUCUCAUCGGGUUAACAGCCCGUAAACAAAGACGCUUACAUAACGCUCCUGUAAAUGUAUCGGUGCCUGGGUCACCAUAUACAACGAGUCAAUUCGAUACGGAGGUUGUGGAGGAUACCUACGACCAAAAUCAGUCUAACUGUGUCAUAUGUGGAAGCCGCAUGACGAAAGAUGAGUCCACCUGUAAAAGGACUAGCCGUUUUGGAAGUAUUAAUGUUAACAGGUUCAACGCAGAUAACAUGGCCAGUAAGGUUCCAUUUCAGUAUGCGGUCCGUGUUUUUGCAGACCGGAUUGAGGUUCGGACUCCUAUGGUAGAAGAGUUUUUUGUUAAACUACAGAAUACAAAAGCAGGUUUCGCAGAGAGAGCUAGUUGUAGAAAAAGUUACAAACCCGAAAAAACGAGGACAAAUUUUAGAACUAUGAAUAUUUUUCGCUCAAAAACUAAUUCAAUAUAUGGCAAAAUGUUUCGCAAUCUCAGUGGAACAGACGUAGACAUAGAUAUACAGUCAGCGACAACGCAAAUUGACGCAAGUGAGGUUUCGAAUGAAUCUGACCCGUUAGCAGUCUUUAAAUGGUUGGAUGUUAUCUAUUGCCCUGAUGAUGGACACAAUACAUUUUGCUCAAAUUGUAUCCAAAGAGAAACGAGCCUCUCUUUCAGGCUACCUUUCAACAACAGCCUACUACAGGCAAUAGAAUGGUUGAGGCCUAGUGUUAUUGAAGCUAUGAAAAGACAGGACGACACGACAAAAAGAAAGACUAGUGACUUUUUUCGAGCCAGCAGCUCGACAAUAGACGAAAGCCUUGUCGGCAGUGACGGGUCCGGUGGUUUUCCUGACAAUGUCACGAACAUAUCAGACCCGUCAGAAGAACAUGCUAGUAUUCUUCGGCGCAGAUUUCGUGUACCGACCUUCGGAAGAGUUUCUGUAAUCACCGUUGGAGGUUAUGCAGCAUGCAAAAGGCCUACUGGCAAAACAACCACCAUGUUAGUUCUCCUUAGUGCCUUUUAUAUUCUUGGUUAUCUUCCCCAUUUAUCAUUGAAAUUUGUUGAAUUCCUUUCACCACGAAUAUUUAACAAUUUAUCAUUAGAAGGCUGUAUGAUCUACAAUGUGCUUCUGAGGAGUUACUUCAUAAACAGUGCAGUAAAUCCGAUUAUUUAUAGUUUGUGGGACAGCAACUUUCGCCGAGAGUGUUUUAAAAUGUUUAGGUCAACUAACACUGAAAUAUGA